AUGGCCCAGGACCUCAGCGAGAAGGAGCUGCUCAAGAUGGAAGUGGAGCAGCUGAGGAAGGAGGUGCUGAACCCCAGAGCGCCGAUUUCCAAGACGGGCAAGGAAAUCAAGGAUUACGUGGAAGCCCAAGCUGGAAAUGACCCUCUUCUCAAAGGUGUCCCCGAGGACAGGAAUCCCUUCAAGGAGAAAGGCUCCUGUCGGAUAAGCUGAUGUCCCGGAGCCCUCAGCCUGAGCAUCUGGCCCUCCUCAGCCAGGCUCCAGUGUCCUGGGACACCCAGGCGACCAGCAAACUGGCUUCCUCUCCCAAUCCCACAGUGCAGAGCACACCUGCCCCUCCUCCACUUUGGACUCUUUUUGCUCAUUAUCGCCUCUUCCUAUCCAGUGGCGAGCUUGGCCACCUGAGCAGUGGGCAUCCAGAGCAGGAGUGCCAGAAAGCCUCUGGGAAGCGCUCAGCUCAGGGCUGUUCUGGGCUCUGCUGUCUCCCCUGGUCACCACACACUUUGCACACCAGCGUAAUUUGGAGUGAGGUACUCCCUUCCCAGCUGCUUAGAUCGCCCCCAUGGCCGAUGACAAAAACAGUUUAUAAAGACCUCUUUCAGGCAUUCUCCCACAUUGUCUAGUGUUUA